GUUCACUCUGACAAGACAACUUGGAAGUCGUGCACCGGCCCUGGAGCUAUCGCAUACUACUACGUACGCGCGUACUCGCCGGAUCUAUCGCCAAACAACGUGUCUGAUCAGCUUGAUCCGCCGACAGCAGCAGCAGCAGCAUGACGGGCGACUUCAAGCUGUCAGCCACUCUGCGCGGCCACGAGGAAGAUGUCCGGUCCGUAGUCUUCCCCAACAGACACCUCAUCUUGUCUGCCUCGCGCGACCACACGGUCCGACAGUGGACCCUCACUUCGCCACAGCCGCCGACCUUCGACGACACAAUUGCGUUGCAGGGCUCGAAUUGGUUCAAUGGCUUGGCAUAUGCUGCACCGUCGCAGCAGCAUCCUCAGGGUGUGAUUGCAGCUGGCGGCCGGGAAACGUUCGUGUAUGUCAAGCGGGUGGGCGAGUCACUGACUGACGAUGCACAUCGUAUGCUCAUCGGGCAUGCGGGCAACAUCGCCUGCUUGGCCUUCACCGAUGAUGGCAGCAAAGUUAUCAGUGGCUCCUGGGACAAACAGGUCUUCGUCUGGGAUGUGGAAGGCGGCCACGUUACAGCUGAGCUUCUGGGUCAUGAAGGGCCGGUCUGGGGCCUGCUGGUUUAUGAGAACAAAUUCAUAAUGACAGCUUGUGCCGACAAGAUCAUCCGCAUAUUCGACUUCAAUGGGAAGCCACUGCAGGCGAUCAAAGGGCAUACAGAUGUCGUUCGGUGCUUCGCGAAGCUGCCCUCUGACCACUGGUCUGGAGGCGCUGUUGCGUCUGCUGGCAAUGACGAAGUAAUCCGACUUUGGACAAGGGAUGGAGAACCUAUUGGAGAGCUCGAGGGUCAUACGGCAUAUAUAUACAGUCUGGCCAUUCUGCCUAACGGUGAUUUGGUGAGCUCGUCAGAAGAUCGCACUGUCAAGGUCUGGAGAAAUGGGCAAUGUAUCCAGACUAUCACACACCCAGCUCUCAGCAUCUGGACCGUUGCAGCAUGUCCAGAGACUGGCGACAUUGUGAGUGGAGCGAGCGAUAACACCAUUAGAGUUUUCUCUCGUGAUCCAGAACGGCAGGCCGAUGCAGAGACCAUAAAAGAUUUCGAGGAGCGCAAUCGCAUGUAUGCGAUACCUGCGGAAACUGCUACCCAAGGCCAGCCAUUCCAAAAAGAGAAUCUGCCGGGUCCAGAUGCACUCCAGACGCAGGUUGGCGAGCGAGAUGGUCAGCAACUUUUCGUUCGCGAAAACGACGGGAGAGUGACAGCGCACCUAUGGGCGGCCUCGACAGGUCAAUGGAAUCUAAUCGGAACAGUCGUCGAGGGUGAGGGCACGAGCACUGCCAAGAAAUCACACAACGGGCAAGAGUACGACUACGUCUUCGACAUUGAUAUUGAGGAUGGCAAGCCGCCUCUGAAACUCCCCUACAACCUGUCCGAGAGUGCAUGGGAUGCUGCGCGAAAGUUUCUCGAGCGCAAUGAAUUACCGAUGACCUACUACGAACAAGUCGCGCACUGGAUACAGGAAAACACAAAAGGUGCUAAAUUGGGACAGGGCCCCGGCACUACAAACACACAACAACCAGGUCGCGACCCUUGGGGCAGUGACAAUCGGUACCGACCUGGAGAUGCUGGGUCGGCAUCAGCUGGAGGUCAGCGUAAGAUCCCACAGCGGACAUAUGUCGACAUCGUUGAAGGCAACCCUGCGAAUGCUAUCAACAUCAUCCUGCAGAAGUCAGAAGAACUUGGUAAAUCUGCAACGUUGUCGCCUGAGCAGAUGCUGGACUCCAAGGAGCUCGAAGCGCUCAAAGCGCUGUCAACUCAACUACAGAACAAGCAGGAUCCCCGGCCGACCCAGACGCAGACUGAUGCUCUGCUCAAGAUCGUCUCGUCCUGGCCUACGAAAAGCAAAGUACCAGCAGUUGGUAUUCUCGCUUUACUGGCCGUCUCACCGUCCUUCGUGAAUGCCACAAGUCGUGGAAAAGGGACUAUCAUCGAAACCAUCAACGCCGCUGGACUGUUGAAGCCUCAUCAGGAAACCGCAAACAAUGUCGUUCAUGCCAUACGCCUCCUCGCCAACCUAUUCAAGACCGAUGCAGGGCUUCUGCUUGUGGAUGGUCUCUUCGAUUCUACUCUGCAGCUCGUGCGCCCUUUCUCCCAGCAGCCAGAAUCUCCCGCUCAGCUUAGAGCACUUGCCACGCUGUACCUAAACUACGCUGUGCUAUUGACCAGCCAAGCGCCAUCAAACGAGGCCGCACAGCGCGAAGCCCGAGCCAAGACGCUCCUGAUCGAUACUGCUAGCCUGUUGGAAGUUGAGGGCCCUCAUCUUCCGGAUAACGAUGCUGUGUCUCGCUCACUGUUGGCACUGGGCACUCUGCUGUCUUUGGGCGCGGACUUUAGGGCAGCUCUCAAAGAGGGUUUGCCUGGAACAUUAUUGGGGGUUGAGAGAACACCGGCAGGACAGAACCCCAACAUCAAGGAUUUGAUUGCGGAGAUUCGAGACGAACUUCGUUGAGCAGAUUCCUGUCCCGGGUUGGAGAAGAGUGGCUUACAAUACGACCGAGACGAUACGUUGUUGCAUUACUGCAUUCGGUCUGCAUAGCGCGGCAUUAAAAGUGUACCUAUGGUCGCAUGUUGACUUGCUGAAACGGAAACCAUAGAGAGCUAUAACCGGGGAUGAAAGAAGUUCCGUGUCGCGUGAGUUUCGAAUAGCCAAGAACGACCGGAUCUGACUCCGAC